AAUGGACAGCAAAUUAUGGAUGAACCUAUGGGAGAGGAGGAGAUUAAUCCACAAACUGAAGAAGGCAGCAUCAAAGAAAUUGCAAUCACACAUCAUGUAAAGGAAGGACAUGAAAAGGCUGAUCCUUCCCAGUUUGAACUUUUAAAAGUAUUAGGGCAAGGAUCAUUUGGAAAGGUUUUCUUAGUUAAAAAAAUCUCAGGCUCUGAUGCUAGGCAGCUUUACGCCAUGAAGGUAUUGAAAAAGGCCACGCUGAAAGUUCGAGACCGUGUCCGGACAAAAAUGGAACGUGAUAUCUUGGUAGAAGUUAAUCAUCCUUUUAUUGUAAAAUUGCAUUAUGCUUUUCAAACUGAAGGGAAGUUGUAUCUUAUUUUGGAUUUUCUCAGGGGAGGAGAUUUGUUUACACGCUUAUCCAAAGAGGUGAUGUUCACAGAAGAAGAUGUCAAAUUCUACUUGGCUGAACUUGCACUUGCUUUAGACCAUCUACAUAGCCUGGGAAUAAUCUAUAGAGACUUAAAACCAGAAAACAUACUUCUUGAUGAAGAAGGUCAUAUCAAGUUGACAGAUUUUGGCCUGAGUAAAGAGUCUAUUGACCAUGAAAAGAAGGCAUAUUCUUUUUGUGGAACUGUGGAAUAUAUGGCUCCAGAAGUAGUUAAUCGUAGAGGACAUACUCAGAGUGCUGACUGGUGGUCUUUUGGUGUGUUAAUGUUUGAAAUGCUCACUGGUACACUACCUUUCCAAGGAAAAGAUCGAAAAGAAACAAUGACUAUGAUUCUUAAAGCCAAACUUGGGAUGCCACAGUUUUUGAGUCCUGAAGCCCAGAGUCUUUUACGAAUGCUUUUCAAACGAAAUCCUGCGAACAGAUUAGGUGCAGGACCAGAUGGAGUUGAAGAAAUUAAAAGACAUUUAUUUUUCUCAACAAUAGACUGGAAUAAACUGUAUAGAAGAGAAAUUCACCCACCUUUUAAACCUGCAACAGGCAGGCCUGAAGAUACAUUUUAUUUUGAUCCUGAGUUUACUGCAAAAACUCCCAAAGAUUCACCCGGCAUUCCACCUAGUGCUAAUGCACAUCAGCUUUUUCGGGGGUUUAGUUUUGUUGCUAUUACCUCAGAUGAUGAGAGCCAAGCUAUGCAGACAGUUGGUGUGCAUUCAAUUGUUCAGCAGUUGCACAGAAACAGUAUUCAGUUUACUGAUGGAUAUGAAGUAAAAGAAGAUAUUGGCGUUGGCUCGUACUCUGUUUGCAAGAGAUGUAUACAUAAAGCCACAAACAUGGAGUUUGCAGUGAAGAUUAUUGAUAAAAGCAAGCGAGACCCAACAGAAGAAAUUGAAAUUCUUCUUCGUUACGGACAGCAUCCAAAUAUUAUUACUCUAAAAGAUGUGUAUGAUGAUGGAAAAUAUGUGUAUGUAGUAACAGAACUUAUGAAAGGAGGUGAAUUGCUGGAUAAAAUUCUUAGACAGAAAUUUUUCUCUGAACGAGAAGCCAGUGCUGUCCUGUUUACUAUAACCAAAACUGUUGAAUAUCUUCAUGCACAAGGGGUGGUACACAGAGACUUGAAACCUAGCAACAUUCUUUAUGUCGAUGAAUCUGGUAAUCCAGAGUCUAUUCGAAUUUGCGAUUUUGGCUUUGCAAAACAGCUGAGAGCAGAAAACGGUCUUCUCAUGACGCCUUGUUAUACUGCAAAUUUUGUUGCACCAGAGGUUUUAAAACGACAAGGCUAUGAUGCUGCUUGUGAUAUAUGGAGUCUUGGUGUCCUCCUCUAUACAAUGCUUACUGGUUACACUCCCUUUGCAAAUGGUCCUGAUGAUACACCUGAGGAAAUAUUGGCACGAAUAGGUAGCGGAAAAUUUUCACUCAGCGGUGGUUACUGGAAUUCUGUUUCAGAUACAGCAAAGGACCUGGUGUCAAAGAUGCUUCAUGUAGACCCUCAUCAGAGACUGACUGCUGCUCUUGUGCUCAGACAUCCUUGGAUUGUCCAUUGGGACCAACUGCCACAGUAUCAACUAAACAGACAGGAUGCACCACAUCUAGUAAAGGGUGCCAUGGCAGCUACAUACUCUGCUUUAAACCGUAAUCAGUCACCAGUUUUGGAACCAGUAGGCCGCUCUACUCUUGCUCAGCGGAGAGGUAUUAAAAAAUCACCUCAACAGCCCUGUGAAGUGACCUCAGUGAGAUAUUUGGUACCAUGAUGUAAGCUGAUAGCACAAGUUCUGGCGACAGGUAGCACAUAUCUGAGAGACACCUGCAAGCACACACUGUCCCAGCUGGUACCCAUAAUGCUGCUGCUCCUGCUGCUGCUCCUGCUUUCCGUCUCUUCUCGCUUUAAAUGAUUGUUAGCAAGGUAGAUUUUUCCUGGAGCUCCAGAUGAAAUGAAAAUGGAAACAUGACGAAGAUAUAUUCACUGAAUCAACAAGAAAAAUAAUGAACAUACAAAUACCACCUAAAAAUACACUGAAUAAAGUACUCUACACCACAUAGCAUUAUUUUUAUAGGAAAUAUUUCAUGUCCCUUAAAUAUUCUUUGUUAGUUAUAGGGAUGGACAGUUUAUGUUAAGCACUUAGCUUAAACAAUCCGUUUAUAUUAGCACUGUACCCCUUGUGCCAUCCAACAUUUUGUAUGUUUUUGUAAACAGUUCAUAUACAGUACAUUUCUGUACUGCUUUCUUUAAUGUAUACAUGCCUUGUUUAACUUGGAAUCUAUUAUUAAACAAUUGACUAUUAAAUCUGGUUAAAUAGUU